GAUCGUAAAAGUUAGGGCAUCUCUAACCUGGCUUAUCAAACCGCCUAUAUACAUCUUGACAUGACGGUUCAGACAAUUUUAGACCUUUAAAAUAGUCCCUCGUUUAUUCACGGACUGGCCUAGACGAUCCGAAAUCCCCUGAUCCGUCUCUAAAUCAAUGGAGAUAUAGGUAGUCUGGGCGUGUCCGCCGACACUGCCAACUCGGCAAAGGAUCAUUCUAACCCCAUCAUGAACUCAUUUUUCCUUUUUUUUUUUUCCUUCCCUCUCAUAUAUUCAUUGGACAAAGAGGCGGAUAAUUGAGGAAUAGCAUUGGAUGACCGGCGCACCUGGCGGCCGGCUGUCCGCGGACACAUUCGCAUGUGUCCAUGAGCAUUUGAAGGUGUUCGAGGUGAGCCACCACAUUAGAUCGACCGACUCGAAAACUAGAGCCGAAAGCCUGAAAUUGGCUACUUAACUCCUUCAUCUCGCAAAGAAUCUGAUAGGCCGCCGAUUUCUCGGACGAUUCAUGUUAAACGCAAUACAAUCUUAUUGAAAUAUAUUGUGACCGGUUUCGCAGCAAUGCACAAGGUAUCAUCUAGUAUUUAUUUAAAAAUUAUAAAGAUCAAAUUAGUUGCAUGUUUGAAAUUAUGUCAAAAUCUAAGACGUAUUGUUGUUCGAAUCAGGACUGAUAAUGACUUGAUGAUGUGAGCGAUCCUGAUCAUCGUAACAAACGAAGUUUCCGCGUUGACGCCAACUUCGCUGGCGCCGCUAUAAAAAGGCACUCGUGAGCUCAUCGCUUCCGAUCGCCUCUUCUUCCUCCUGGCUUCCGCAUCUUGGACGUACGUACCCGACUUACUGUAUGCCGCUCCGCUGGCCUCGACACCAUUUUUGCCUUGCAUGACCUCCGCCGCAGCGCCGCCAACAUCGCUGCACCGCCCGGCGGUGAGCGCCACACACGGAGCCAGAGCGUCCGUCGCGGCGUCGAGCAACAGGGUGCACCUUGGUAACCUCGAGCACCUCUUCCGAAGCCGCGGUGCCGUCGAGAGCAGUGGGACUGCCGCGGCGCCUGUGCAGCCGGCACGCAGGAGGCAGCAGGCGCCGCUGCUGCGGCUACCGUCCUUCUUCAAGCGGGCCAAGGGCGACUUCGCCGUGGCCAAGGAGGAGCAGGUGGACUUGUCGCCGCGCCUGUUCCAGCCGGUGCCGCCCGACGGGCCGUCACCGCGUGGGGACAUCGCGGCGUCGUGGCGGCGGCUGCACGGCGAGGACGGCUGGCGCGGCCUGCUUGACCCGCUGCACCCGGACCUCCGCCGCGAGAUCGUCCGCUACGGGGAGUUCGUCGACGCCGCGUACGGCGCGUUCCUUUCCCAACCCGACGCCACGCCGGGCGACCUCGCCGCCCCCGUGCACGUCCCGCUCCACGACGCGGCCUACCGCGUCACGGCGCCACUGUUCGCGACCUCGUCCGUGGGCUUCCCGUCCUGGCUCGCGCUUGCCGCGCCGUGCGCCGCGCAGCGCACGAGCCUCGUUGGGUACGUGGCCGUGUGCGACAGCCCCGACGAGGUCCGACGUAUGGGCCGGCGCGACAUAGUCAUCGCGCUCCGUGGCACCUGCACGGUCCUUGAGUGGGCCGAGAACUUCCGAGCCGGCCUCGUCCCGGCCAACGAAGCGGUCGACGCCGCAGCUUCGCCGGUCUCCGCCUCCGACGCAAAGGUUGAGUGCGGGUUCCGGAACCUUUACAAGACAGCCGGCAACGGUUCGCCGAGCUUGUCAGAAAUGGUCGUCACCGAAGUGCGCAGACUACUCAAAAAGUAUGAGGGAGAGGAGGUGAGCAUCACGGUGACGGGUCACAGCCUGGGGGCGGCGCUGGCGGUGCUGAUAGCCGACGAGCUCGUGGGCCACGGCGACGCGCCGAAGCCAGUGACGGUGUUUUCCUUCGGCGGGCCGAGGGUGGGGAACUGCGCGUUCGCGGAGCGCGUGGAGGCCCGGGGCGCUCGCGUGCUCCGCGUGGUGAACGCGCACGACGUCGUGCCGCACCUCCCGCCGCGCCCCGGCGGCCGGUGGUACGCUGAUAUCGGCCGCGAGCUCCGCCUUGACAGCCGCGCGUCCCCGUACCUCCGCCCCGAUGCCGACGCAGCCUGCUGCCACGACCUGGAAGCGUAUAUCCACCUCGUCGACGGCUUCCUCAGCUCGCACUGCCCCUUCCGCGCCAACGCCAAGCGCAGCAUUCUGCGGCUGCUCAAGAACCAGGGUGGCAACGUCAAGCAGCUCUACAUCAGCAAGGCCAUGGACAUGCGCGUCCGGCUCGACGCCGGUGGCGCCGUUGACAUGCCUGGCUCGCCGCUCAGUCGUCUCGGUGCGCCGAGCACCGUGCUUGAGUGCGUGCACUGAGGAUGACGACGACGACGACGGACCGGCGGGAAAUGUCGGCGGCACCGUGUUUGGUCUCUUGUUCACGGCGGGUAAAAGCAGCUGACUUUGAUAUUCUUUUAGAAUAUAGUCGGUCCUCAAGUUUUACCAAGUAAAGAUGAUGAUGAUGUGUUGCUUUGAUCAGCAGACAUAGAAUUGGUGUGCACAUCAAAGUCACAAGAAGACUUGUGCAGCUCAAGAUUUGUUGAUUUAUUGGUAUUUAUGUACAAAAACGGUGUUGUUGUCUUGUCUUACGUGUGAAAGGGCGAUCCAUCGGAGAUCCCGCUGUCAGCCAAUGGAUAAUACUACUCCAGAUACAUUCAUUUCAGGGUCGAGUAAUUCUGGACAGAGGUAGUAUGUUUAUGUAAACCUAUCAAUAUAGAUUUUUUUGAUAAAA